AUGGAUGCAGAAGGGAGAAGUGAGCAGGGUAAGCAAACGAAGGAGCAAGUUUGCAGCAGCCUGUGGCCUGAGGGCUACCCAGCCGCUGAGACUGUGACCUCCUCAGUGGACAUGAACACUCGGCCUUACCGGAACCUCUCUAGUCUAAGAGUGGGGAGACCAAAGCUUUCCCCACAAGGAGGACAGAGGGGUCGGCCACACUCCCGGCGUCGUCACCGCACCACCUUCAGUCCAGGGCAGUUGGAACAGCUGGAGUCAGCUUUUGGGAGGAACCAGUACCCUGACAUUUGGGCACGAGAAAGUCUUGCUCAGGACACGGGCCUCAGUGAGGCCAGAAUCCAGGUCUGGUUCCAGAACCGCAGAGCUAAGCAGAGGAAGCAAGAGCGGUCACUGCUCCAGCCACUGGCCCACCUGUCUCCUGCCACCUUCUCUGGUUUCUUGCCCGAGCCCCCUUCUUGUCCCUACUCCUACCCAACACCGCCUCCCCCAAUGACCUGCUUCCCUCACCCCUACAACCAUGCUCUUCCAUCUCAGCCCUCCACAGGUAGUUCCUUUCCUCGACCCUACCAGUCUGAAGACUGGUACCCCAACUUGCACCCAACCCCUGCUGGUCAUCUGCCCUGCCCUCCACCCCCACCCAUGCUUCCCCUCAACCUUGAGCCACCAAAGUCCUGGAACUAA